UCUCUUACAUUCACUAUACUCAGAUACCCACUAUUGACAUUCAUCAUAUGUUGGACAACAAUCUUGUCAAUACUCUACUUUUUGGUACGCUUGUCCAUUGCAUUUUCAGAGAAGUUAGUGAUGUCUAGAGAUAAAACUAGAACUGAGUUAGUGGAAAAGUUAAGAGGUUCGGCAAAUUAUGCCGAAUACAUAGAAAACUCGAGAAACCUAGAUAAAUACCUAAAGCUGGAUGAAUGGUGCAACGAAGACAGAUACAAAUAUUACGACUGGAGAAAUUUGAGAAGAACCAUAGGGAAUUUGAGAAAGCUAAGGCACGCCAAAAAGUACGAGGAUCUGAUGGUUGUCCUACAGACGUGCGUCAAAUCAAAUUUUGCUGGUACUGAAAACCCUUUGAUGUACUCCCAUUGCCAUUAUGGGACUAAAAAGUUGAUUGAAAAGUACAAUACCGAAGUGGUGAAGUGUUUGAAUUUAGUUAUAGAAUCAGACGCUAUAAAUAUUCGAGAAAAACGGAUGUUUUUUAGAAUUAUAAACAAGAAUUUUGGCAGGACAUGCCUAGUUCUGAGUGGUGGCGCUUCAUUUUGCUACAAUCACUUUGGUGUUUUGAAGGCCUUGAUAGAAAAUGAUUUGAUGCCAAAGAUUCUCAGUGGGACGUCCGGAGGAGGAAUGAUAGCGGCACUAGCCGCCACGAGGCAUAAUGACGAGCUGUUGAAUCUCAUUUCUCCGAAGUUGUCUUGCAAAAUCAAUGCAUUUGGGGAUGAGCCGAUGUGGAAAUGGGUGAAAAGAUGGUGGGAUACAGGUGCAAGAUUUGACUCUGUUGAAUGGGCAAAGAAGGCACAAUGGUGGACUACAGGAUCAACAACGUUUGAAGAGUCUUACAAAAGAACAGGCAAGAUUUUGAACAUCUCCACAGUUCCAAACGAUAUUCAUUCGCCAACCAUUCUAUGUAACUACAUCACUUCACCAAACUGUUGUAUCUGGUCUGCAAUGUUAGCUUCGGCUGCAGUUCCUGGUAUUUUGAAUCCAGUCAUGUUGAUGGAAAAAACCAAAGAUAAUAUUAUUCGACCUUUUUCAUUAGGAAGCAAGUGGAAAGAUGGGUCUUUGAGAACAGAUGUUCCACUAUCAACAUUAAAUAUGUAUUUCAAUACCAAGUUCUCAAUCGUCUCGCAGGUCAACCCUCAUGUCAUGCUUUGGAUUUUUAAAAAUAGGGGUGAUAUAGGUAAACCGAUAGUAAGAUCCAAGGGUAAGACAUUCAGAGGUGGUUUCAUAUUGAGUUACUUAGAAAACCUAAUCAAACUUGAAAUUAUCAAAUGGUUGAAACUCGUUAAGGAGUUUCAACUCUUCCCCAAUCUCCUUGAAAGUGAUUGGUCCAAUUUGUUCUUGCAAAAUUUCAGCGGUACGAUAACGUUAUUUCCCAAAAUUGUCCUCAGUGACUAUAUGUAUAUUCUGUCAGAUCCAAGUGAAGAAAGGUUAGCUCGAAUAAUCAAAAAUGGUGAAAAAGUGACUUACCCUAAGUUGUUGUUUAUAAAGCACCGUCUAAACAUCGAAAGGACAAUUGAAAAGGGCAUGGAGAGUUCUAAG